AUGGCUGAACACUCCAAGACCCCAGGACCAGAAUCCACAAAACCACACACUAUACCCCGCACAAUGCGAGUCUUCCCAAGCCACCCCGUCGUUUCAGUAUCCGUAAGAUAUCACAACCCCGCAAACACCAGUGUGCCAACAAUCCAAAUAACACCUCCCACGCCACCACCCCCCGAAACUACGGCCAUCGAAGUAGAGAGAACUGAGCCAAUGGAGAGAGCUUACACCUUGACCAUGAUGCAGGAAGUUCAACCCGAAGAACACGAGUACCGCGAAGAGACCGGGUAUGGGAAGAAGGAACAGAAAGGCGCUUUUGGGUUGGCUAUGAGGAAGGUGUCAGCUAAGAUGCAUAUUGGAAUACUUGAUGAGGUAGCGAAGAAUAUUGGAGACGCUAUGACUAGGCCGUGGGUUAUCGGGUGCGGGUGUGAGGACGCCGAGGACGCCGAGGACGCUGGGGAUGAGGGGAAGAGGAUCAUUGGGAUUGGGAGAUAUCUUUUUGAGGUGAAAGAAGAUGAGAGUGCUGGGGGAGCGGAUAGGAAAAGUGGGGCAGCGGCCGGAGGUAGUCAUGUAAAGAAGAGGGGUGGGGAGGGGAGUUGUGGUGGGGGUAAAUCGUGA